AUGGUGUGGUUUCAUGGCGGCAACUACUACUCCCCGGCUCAUCCAGCAUAUUUCGAAUUCCUGCAUAAUCUGGCUGAUGCCGUGUCUCAAGCAGGCAAAGACCUUGCUAUCUUCGUGCCUUCGUAUACACUUGCCCCGCACGCGCAGUAUCCAUUACAGCUGCGUGAAGGGCUAGACGUACUGCGAUAUCUGAUUCACAAAAAAGGAAAACUUGCCAGGAACAUAGUAAUUGGGGGAGACUCAGCCGGUGGGAACCUGGUCCUCGCAAUUCUCUCCCAUAUUGCUCAUCCGCAUCCUGAAAUCCCCACGAGCCAUAUGCCAGAUGAACCAUUCGCUGGUGCGCUGAUGUUCUGUCCUUGGGUUACUUUCAACCAGACAUGGCCGUCGAUCGAGAGGAACAGGAAGAAAGACUGUCCCCCGGAUAAUUAUAAUGAACCUCUCAGCGCGCCGAUGGAGUGGUGGACGGAUUUGAAAGCCCGUCAGAUGAUGCUGGUUGCUGGGGAGGAUGACAUCAUGGUGGAUUCUCACCAUGCCUUUGCGAAGACCCUUGAGGCUACUAACCCACAGAAUACGAAGAUCUUUGUUGCGCCGGGGGAAGGGCAUGUGGCUCCGGUGUUGGAUCUGAUGCUGGGGGAUCGGUCAGAGUUUGAAAGUAGUAAAGCUAUGAGGGAGUGGUUAUUAUCUUGUCUAUAG